AUGAUGUCCGCUAUUGGACCUGGAAAUGGCUUCGAACGUGACAGCAGCACAGAUACUGAAGAUGCGUUGGACUCUCGUGAAGGUCGAAAGAGAAUUCUAAAAUAUCGACAAAGUUUCCCUGGUGGCAGUGGUCAACCGAAGCCGAAACCCUGUUUAGUUCAGCGUCAAGCCUCGGCUUCUAGUGGUGGCUCCAGUCCAAGUACAGACAUGGCCGUUUGGCUUGGAAAAUCUCGGGAUAGCGACGGGUUGAGUCGACGCAAGGGCCGAGUUGUCGACGGAAGCGGAGCCGAUGACGACGAAGAAGAGGAUGAAGAUGACCUGAGCGUUCGUAAGAUUUCCGUGGCACCGAGAUCCCGUGUUCCUUCUUCCCGUGCCCCUCCACAAUUGCAGCCUGGCAAGACGAGUUCUUCUUCAGAGAGAGUUACGCUUGUGGUGGACAACACGCGAUUUGUUGUCGAUCCAGCCAUGUUCACUGCGUUUCCUGAAACCAUGCUUGGCAGGAUGUUCAGCAGCGGACAAGGUCUUGAGUGGGCUCGCACCAAUGCCCGCGGGGAAUACGAGUUGGGCGACGGAUUGUCGGCGACCAUUUUCGGGGCCGUCUUGGAUUUCUACAAGCCGGGAUCACAGGGAGUCCUCUGGUGUCCUCCGUCGGUGUCGGUGGCGGAAUUGCGAGAAGCGUGCGACUACUUGCUUUUGCCGUUUGACGCCUCUACGAUCAAGUGUCAGAACCUCCGAGGCCUGUUGCACGAGCUCAGCAACGAUGGGGCCCGUGCGGAAUUUGAGCGAUUCUUACGGGACUUGGUGUUGCCUGCGAUGGUGGCUGGGGCCGAACGUGGGGACCGAGAGGCUCAUAUUGUCGUGUUGCUUGACGAUGACAUUGUGGACUGGGAUGACGAGUACCCGCCGCAAAUGGGCGAAGAGUAUUCUCAAACCAUCCACAGCACAGCGUUGUACCGAUUUUUCAAGUACGUGGAGAACAGAGACGUGGCAAAAUUGGUUCUGAAAGAACGGGGACUCAAGAAAAUCCGACUUGGGAUUGAGGGAUACCCGACCAACAAAGAGAAAAUACGGCGACGUCCUGGAGGUCGCAUGGAAGUCAUCUACAACUACGUUCAGCGUCCUUUCAUCCACAUGUCGUGGGAAAAGGAAGAAGCACGUAGUCGACAUGUUGAUUUCCAGUGCGUGCGUUCGAAGUCAGUGACCAAUUUGGUGGAGGCGUCGGCGGAUGCCGUUCUUGACGGACAAGCGCUCGCCCCUGUUCUCGCACUGCCAGUGGACGCCCCGGUCCCGCAUCCACUGCGUGAAGAAGCGGCUCCGCUCCGAGUGGCGUCUCAACGCGGAGACGAAGCGGUGGGUGUGUUGUACGCUGCAGCAGCCGCCGCUGCUGCUGCGGCUGCCGCGAACAGCAAUCAACCCCAGCUGCCACCACAGCAGCAACAACGUCAACAGGCGGCCAGUCCGAAUCACCAGCAACUGUCGUUGCAGUUGCCCUCGCCGCCGUCCGCACCGUCCGUAAGCGUGUCUAGCAACUGCAGCAGUAGCAGUGUGCACAGUCAGCCAGGCAGCAUGAGUGCGUGAAGAAGAACCAGGACCACCGCUUAAUCCGAAUUUUUUGUUUUACUCGAGAAUUGAAGGUGUUCGUGAAGUCCACCGGAUUGGAACAAAUGAAAGGUUUUUUUUCAAGUGUUGUUGGUGUGGAUUCAGCGAACGCUGUUUCGAAGGCGCUUAUGCAACUUCGCGUGCAGGAAAGUAACGCCUUUUUUUCCAACUGCCUGCUCCUACGAUUUUCUUCGGAAGUUUUAUCGCGAAAAAUUCAAUGGGACGCAAUGGUGCAGCUCGACGUGAUCAUUAGUGAACUGAAUCUGUCGUAAUAUAAUUUUUAAAGAGGAAGAAAUAGUGCUUUUAAGGCCUAUGUUAGGUCGUGGUUUGCGAACAACUCGAGUCUGUUCAUAAUUUUUAUUCAGAGUUAUUGUUAUUCGCCGUGUCGAAUUCGACUGGAAAACCGCGAGAAGUGUCAGAAAUCAGGAUUAUCGAUGGUUCUAAAUGAGAAAAGAAUAAAACUUGUAAUAACUUGGAAAUAAUUUGCGCCCCUCAAUAGAGGUAAAGCUUUACUCCUACACUUCUGUUCCUAACAGGAUUUGCGAUCAACUCACAAUUUUUUCAAUUCAAUCAGAAUUAUUCGUCUUCGUUGAAUACGUGCCUCGGGAAAUUUACUUGAAUUUUUUCAAUGCGAUCCUGUCUUGAGACAAAAUAAAAUGUAGAAUAACUAAUACCAUAGGAAUUCCAAAAUUUUUUUUGGAUUCAAGUAUCCCUGGUUACAUCGUUUCAGCUUUCCUUUGGUCAUGAUUUCCUCACUAUUCUUUUUCUUCGAGAUCCAUGCACUUGUAAAUUCUGCUAGUGCGCAUUAAUGCGGACAAUUCUAAUUUCCCGCUUCCAAAUAUAAUUUGAAUUGAAGUCUGGACGAUCCCCGAAAUAAUCUUGCCUAUUCGUGCAUCUGUAAUAUGGUUGAAUUUUUUUCCUGAACCCCUCCCCGUUUUCUUCAUGAAUCUUUUUCGUUGUUGCUUGUGUCCAAUAGUUCUGCUUGUGUAAUGGAAAACACUUCGUUGUGCGUGAUUUUGUAGAUAAUUACAAUGUGAUAUUAUUUUUAUGUGGUCAGAUCUAUGUUCGAUGUCAUAGUUGUUGAGUGGAAAUCGUCCGACGCUUGGGGACCAAUAGGCAGAACAGUUCAAGUCGCGGAUGAAAACAGCUCACUCUCGUUACGUCGCGUUUCCUUUUUUUUCUUGUUUAUGGGCGUGCCUAUUUUUUAUUUGAGGAAAAAUCAGAGUUCAAUGGGAAAUGUCUUCUAGUGAUAUCAGAAAUAUUCCUCGGAACUGCCGCUAGGUUGAGUUGGAUACUUGUUUUUUUUUUUUUUGUUCAGUAUUCUGAUGGAGGGCCAUUCAAAUUUUGUUGCAUGUGUUGGGGACGGAUGUUCUUCAUUUAAAUAUCAAAAUUUUCGAAUAAUAUACGUGGCGUUCUUCUUUACCCGUUGUCGAAGAGCCGACCUGUGAAUUACCAUUAAGUCAACGUUCAUCUUCCAAAGUUAGCUUCUUUGAAAUUCUUGCCCUGUAUGCUCGUGUUUUGGUCUGCUUUGUCUCCAAACCCGCAUGUUUUAGGUAUUGUUGCGAAUUUUUUCAUGGAACCCUCGAUUCUUGUGACGGCCAAAUGAGGGCGGAGAAAAAUCACGAACAGCAAUAAAAUGAGCUCUCCAACGAAAAGAAACCCCCCGUUUUUCUUAAACCUUGAAUAGAGUUGAAUUUUAGUUACAUAGUGUAUAUUUAAAAUGACAAUUUAUUACACAGGUGAAUUUUUAAGGCGGUGAUAAUAUUUGUAUGCUUAUUUUCUCUUCAAAAGAUCGAGUAAUUUGGUGUAAUUCUGCAAUCGUCUCUUUAAACGUCCGAAAUCGAGAAUAAAUCUUUCAGAUUUAGGAUAAGGGGACGUUUUUUCUAAAGCGAAAUUGUGUAUCUUCGUGGGGUUGUCGAACGAUGACGAAAAAUCUGUACAAGGAAAGAAUUCUUUUUACCCGGCAAAUAAUAAAUUCUGCUCAAUUUUCAAUAUGUGGGUGCAUGGGUUGUUGAGGCUUGAAGAAAAAUGGAAUGCCUCAAAAAAGCUUCGAAACGUGUUGCCGCAUUCAAAUUUGAAUGAGAUCAAUCCGAACCUCUCCAGUCAAUCGUUGCAGCAAAAUCGAAACUCAAAAUGAAAUUGUGAUGUGGGUGAACUUCCAAUUUAUCCCAAGAGCCGGAUAAAGUCUUCGUCCCAUUUGUCAUUUCUGCACGAGGCACUGAUGAUUAAUUUCCUUUUUUUUUUUCUCACUCACGUUUUUGAAAAUCAACCGCGGGUGAAAUAAUUUAAUUCGAGUCAAUCAUCACAAGGAAGGUUCGUGUCAUUCGAAGUUCGUUUACGUUGCACGGUUUGAGACAAUGUUCACCAGAACAUCGAAAGUUAUUUUCAUGCAGUGUUCGCACGUUUUCGCUAAUGUUUUAUCAAGUUGGCUUGAACGAAAAGAAAUCUCUGCUAUUUGUGAUUUCCUACGAUAUAUAUUUUUUUUCUUUUUGCGGAUUUAUAGUCCGUAGAAUCGCGUUGUUCGCCGAGCGGCUUGUUCUAUGGAUUGGUUUAGUGAAGUCUGAUGAUGGGAAAUCAUUGUGUUGCAUUUAUCUUGCUUGUCUCUUGGAGUUCUGGGAUCAGUGAAGUCAUCAUUAUAUUCGAAAAAAAAAAUA